AUGCUACUCUUCAAGGGAUUCAAGUCCAAGGUGAGCUCGUUUUGGAUUAUAUUUUAAUUAUAUCUACAUAUAACAUAGUAAAAUUUAUGUUAUCCUUGACAUUCACAGAUUCACACAGCUAUGUCAAGGGUGGUUCCCAAAUUUUGAAGUUUUAAAAGCUCUGACUAGGCGAGGUAGCGAUCACUCGGCAGUUUAGUCUAGCCCUAAUUGAAAUAGCGGAGAUAUUCAGCAAAAUUUUUGUAAAAUAGUGAGCAAAUUGAGGAGAGCCAGCAAGCCUAAAAACAAUUUUUUUGGCCAAAUUAUUUAUAAUUUUGGCGGAAACAUAAUUUUAAAAAUUGUAGAAUACGUUGUGGAAAUUGUUUUGCCUCACCUCGCGACGACUCGUCGUUAUUUUCCCGACAGACUGAUAUUUCUAUAAAUUCCAUAAGCAUUUUGCUGCGCCCGCACCGUGCACAAAAACCCCCUCCAUUUUGCGCCGUGCAUUUCAAAUUCUUUUUGGUUUUGCAUCGUGCAUCGGAAAUAUCGCCGCGGUUUUCCAAUUGUGUCGCCGCGGUUUUGCUGAAGAAUCUGCAUAGUGCGAACAACUUUUUUGUGGAAUGCACUAUGCGAAAAGCGAAAAAUUCUGUGUGUUGGCGACAAGCGUGGGAAAAAGUUCAAAAUGCACGGUGCGAAAGGAAGCAAAUGCCCAUGUAAUUGAGUCAUAUCGGUAAAAAAUGUAACAGACAUACAGACAAUAUUUUGGUUCUAAUUGCAAAGCGAAGGCUAAAAUUUUUUUAAAAAAGAAAAUUGUUCUGUAAAGUUUUUUUUGCAAAAUUUUAAUAUCAGUCUGUCGGGAAAGUAAUCAGCGCUCUGUCGCAUCCAAAACCGCCUCGCCGCCGAGAAAACGAAUGGCGUCGCAGCCAAAUAGAAUUGUUUUUUUGCUUCAGCGAUAGGCGCUGCAAGAGAGCCCCCAUUAUUUUCCCGACGAACUGACAAAAUGUCUGUGAGAAAAAAUUCUUAAUUUCAAUUUUAAUUUUUCAGCAAGAACUAGAAGAAGAGAAGCGCGGAAAAGUGCCGGAAAAUCUGAAAUGGAUCUCCUCGAAGAAACACUUCCGAGAAACGGAGGAAUGGAAAAAGAAAAAGCAUCGGAUCAUCGCCAAAAUUCGGGUUAUGGGCAAAUUGAAUCUCAAUCUUCUCUUGUCGAGGAUGCCUGUAAGAUCUAUCGACGAAGCAACUGGUUGA